AAAACUUUUUGACAAGUGGCGGUCGGCUCAGCUGAAGCUGAGGAGGCGUCACCUCAUGACCAAAUGGAGGAAGGAAAAGCCCACAUUGGACCAGGUCCAGAGAUGUCUGUCACGGUCCAAGUGGAACAAGAACUGUGUUCCGGCAGGGGAUGUGGUCAGGCUCUGGGCACCUCCCCUUCCAACUGGCCAGGAGGAGACGGACGUCGCCCGGUACGUCAGUGAGCAGAGCUGGGCCGGCCUGGUAGUCGCACAGAGCCAGAGACCCGGAGCUGGAAGAGGGGUCUUUGCGACCAGAGACUUCAGCAAGGGCUCUGUGCUGUGCGACUACCACGGGCGGCUCGUCAGCGCGAGACAGGGCCGUCGGAUCCUCGCCAACCUCAAGGAGGCCGAGGGCUGCUACGUCUUCUUUUUCAAGUUGGCCGAGCAGAACCUCUGCGUUGACGCCCAGCCGGAACACUGCUGCUGCCAUCCGGACAUUCCCACGUUUGGCCGGUUGGUUAACCACUCGGCCAAGAGCAGCAACUCCAAGUGCGUGGUGGCAAACCGGCCGGGGCUGGGGCAGCCGACAGUCCUCAUCACAGCAACGAGAGACAUUGCAGCCGGAGAGGAGGUCCUGAUGGACUACGGGGUCAGGAGAAGGUCAUUCGGAGGAGAAGGGAUGGACCUUUUUUGGUUAGAUGAGUGAGCUGGACUCCAUGUUUUUUUGUUUGUU